AGCUUCCCAUGUAUGUGAUUAGCAGGUAUACCCGCUUCUGCAGGGAGGCUUUUGAAUUGGUUUCUCACUUCUCUGCUUGCAAUAGCUCUAGUGUUUCUUUGGCAUGCUGUGGAUUGGGACUAUUUAUUUCCAGUCUUUUAUGGUUGUGGAUCAUGAAAAGCUGGAUAAGGAUGUAUUUUCUUCCGUGACAAUCACCAAGCCUGGGAUGAGUGGGAGCCGCGCAGAUGUGUGGUGCAACACCUUCCCCUAGGCAGGGCAGGAGAAACAUGACCUGUCCUCUUCUUCUGCUCACCUGAGACCAUUCUUCAGCCACAGCAGAGAGACUACCACCCGAAAUGUCCUCCCACAAACGCAACUUCCAGUGCUUCAAUGCUGUAGGUGGAGAAAGCUUCCACAAGUCUUCUCUCCCCUUCAAGUACCACACCAGCCUGCUCCCCAGAAUCCACCACCAUGGCAUGGUGGCCCAUCAAGAACCUCUGGAGGAAUGCUACCUUUGCUCUGAGUAUAGACAUGCCCAGGCCAUGGAAGCGUUAGAGACUCAGGUCACACCUCUGUAUCACACUCAUACACCAUAUCAUCACCAUCAUCCACACGAGUAUGUUCUCAGGGGACCGACCAGGCCCGAGGAGCACCCUGUGGCACAUUCAGGCCACAUUCAUCAUCCCAGGUUCAAUAACAGGGUGGUGCUGGUGAAGAACAGCGACCCCUUAUUCAGGAAGACCAUUGUCUUGCACCCCAGGAGUCUACGCAGUUUGGGGCUUUUCUUAGAGGAGGUUUCUGAGCUCAUGCAGUACCACAUCAGGAAGUUGUACACUGUGGAAGGACACAAGAUUGACAAUGUUCAGAGUCUUAUGCAGUGCCCCAGCGUGCUUGUCUGUGUGGGACGUGAGCCUUCUCACCCAUCCAUCGUGGAGAAUUUUCAGAAAACAUCUGAUGACAAACUUCCGAAGCUGAGUGGGAGGUCUCGCUCUAGUGGCUGCAAUGAAGGACACAAGGGACUGCCAACAAAGAAAAGCGUCAUACAUCCACAACUGGAAUCUGACAACAGAGCUACCAGGCAGUCAGUGUCAUCUGACAAGUCAUUACCAGAUGAAACCGACUCUCCAGAUAAUGUGGACUUCUGCCUGCACACUGGGGAUGGUAUGAGAGAUGAUGAUAUAGAGAAACGGGUUCGUGUUAAUAAAGAUGGCAGUUUGUCUAUGGAAAUGAAAGUGCGCUUCCGGCUGCAAAAUGACGAAACAAUACAUUGGUCGACAGAAGUAAAAAAGACAACAGGCAGUAAUUCUGAGUUCCUAGAAGGACACAAUGACCCAGAUUUUGCGCAGGUUAGUGAUAGAAGCUAUUCAGAAUCAGAAAACAUAUCUACUGGUGAGCAAGUUGAGGCUUACAUCAAAAGACACUAUGAAAGACACACAGAGGAGCCUCACUGUCCUCACUGCUGCAGUCACUGCCAGGAUUACGUCCCGGGGACACCUGGGGCAACUCGCUGCAUUCGAACUUCCAGCUCAAGUGCAUCUUCACAUACGAUGGUCUUGAGAAAGACAGUGGUUGGAAGGCAAACUAGCGAAGAGCAUACAAAAGAGCAUACAGAACAAGUGGUGGAGAGAGAAAACUCUGUGAAGCAGACUAUUGAGACAUCUGAAAUUGUAGAGUACUGCACCAUCAGGAGUGAGACUUGCUCACCAAAGUGCAAGGUGCAGUCCUCCACACCGGACAACUGUGAGGUGUGUGUUGACAGUUCCCCAAAUGAUCAGGAUAAUGUCAACACUGCUCAAAUACCAGAGCAAGAAGAACGUACAGGAUCUGCUACUAGUGCUUUGUCUGAGGUAAUAACAGAACAUAUAGAGGAUCAAAAUGGUGAGGAUGAUGAUGUUCCACUGAGUGCUUCGAGAGCAUUGUCUCAGAAUAGUAAACCUGAAAGCGAAGAGACCAGCGGAAGUGCAGUGUUGGAUACAGCAUCACCUAUACAACAUGUGUCCCUGAGCCCUACAGAGAGAGCAUCCAAUGCUUCAGGGCACUCUAGAAAGUCAAGAAAAUCCCCAAAAUCACACACUUGUAAUUGUGAAGUGUCUAAGGAUCCUAAAGAUGACACCAAAGGGCAAACCAAGGCCGAUUCCGAAGAAGAAGGUGGGAUGCAAAGAGAUCAAUCAAGUGCCAUGUCUGUCAAAUCAAAUAUGUCUGGCAGAAAAGAUAAAUCUGAAGAAAUACAGAAUACAGAGUCUGAAGAUGUAGAGGAGAAAAGAUACAAUAGUGCCAUGUCAGUUCAUUCAAAUGCCUCUACAAAAUCGAAAACCGAUGUUUUCAAUGUUACAGAUGACAUACUGGCAGCUGAACAACAUACAUCUAAUGAGGAUGUUGAUAAUGAACAAGCUGAGGAGGAAACUGAGCAAAGGACGUCAAAAAAAGCUGAUGAAAAUGUUGAGGAAGAGGAGGAAGCUGAAGAGGCUGGAGAAGAUCAAGAGAGAGUGCCAAGUGUCAUGUCAUCCAAAUCAAAAACCUCUGCAAGAUCUACACAUUCAAAAGCAUCUCAGCUUCAAGAUGAAGAAAAUGUUAAGGAAGAUAGUCAAGAGAGAGCAUACAGUGCCAUGUCAGCAAAAUCAGCAAAGUCUAAAGUAUCUGAAAUUGAGAAUGUUGAGGAAGUGGAAGACACGGAUGAAAGAACACCUAGUGCUUUGUCAGGAGUGUCAAAUAAAGCUGACAGCGAGGAGGAAACAGGGGAAACUGUGGAGAGAGCUCCAAGUGCCAUGUCAGUGACAUCCAUGAAGUCAAAUGCAUCCGCAAGGUCCAGAAAAUCAGAAAAAUCAAAUGCAUCUGAAAAAUCAAUAGUGUCUGAUCUUUCACCUGAAGAAAAACAGGCUGGAAAUAAAGAAAGAGCAUUGAGUGCAAUGUCAGCUAGGUCUAUCAAGUCAAAUGUAUCUGCAACAUCUAGAAAGUCAAAAGGUUGUGAAGAAAUGAAUGAAGUAAAUGCUGAAGGACCAGAGGAGAGAGCAAGAGCUGACUCUAAUGCAUCUGCAAAAUCUAGAGCAUCAAAGAUGUCUGGCCUUCAUUCUACAGAAAGUGCUGACAUUUCAGAUGCUGGAAAUGCUGAAGAGGAAAGUGAAGGGAGACCACAAAGCACAAUGUCAGUCAUAUCAGCAAAGUCGGUGAAGUCAAAUAUUUCUGCAAUAUCUAGGGAAUCUAAAUCAUCUGAAGCUCCUAAUAAAGAAAGUGAUGACAAUUACGGGGAUGGAAUUGAUGGAGAGCAAACCAGAGAUGAUGAAGCUGAAGGGAGAGCAUCUAGUGUCAUGUCAGAAAAUUCAUCUGCAAUAUCCAGUAAGUCAAAAGCCUCUAAAGAUAGGUCUGAAGAAAACAAUGAUGAAGAGGAAAUUGCAGAAAGAGCAUUGAGUGCAAUGUCAGCAAAAUCUGAAAAGUCAAAUGCCUCUGCAGUAUCUACAAAAUCAAAAGCUUCUCAAGUUCUUCCUAAACAUGAUGGUAUUUGUGAUGAGGGAGAGGCUGAAGAGGAAACCAGCGAGAGAUCACUAAGCUGCAUGUCAGAAAAAUCCAGCAAGUCAAACAUUUCAGCAAGAUCAAGAAAGUCAAAAUGCUGUGAUGGUUCAGAUAGAGAAACUAUUACUGAAAAUGAUGAAGAGAGGGGACCUAGUGCACUGUCAGUGAAAUCAGCACGGUCAAAUAUUUCUGCCAAAUCUAAUAUGUCAGAACAUGGAGAAAGAGCUUUAAGCAAUAAGUCAACUACAUCCACUAAAUCUGCAAAGUCAAAUGCUUCAGCAAUAUCUAAGAAAUCAAAAGGUUCUGCAAUUCCUUCCCAAAACUGUGAUGAUGAAAAUGAAAAAGAGCAAACUGAAGAAAGAGCAGCAAGCAGCAUGUCAGCCAAAUCAGUCCAGUCACACGUAUCUGAAAUAUCUAUAAAGUCUGCAGAGAGAGCUCCAAGUGCUUUGUCAGCUAAAUCAGCAAAGUCACAUGCUUCUAGAAAAUCUGUCAAAUCAAAAGCUUCUGAAGCUCAGACUGGCAAAGGUACUGGAACUCCUGAUGAAGGAGAUGAUGAAGAGGAAGCUCAAGAGAGAGCACAGAGUGCCACGUCAGCCAAAACUGCAAAGUCAACUAUUUCUGUCAAAUCUACAAAGUCAAAAGGACUUGGUGGUCCAGCUGAAGAAAAUAUAUCUGAUCAUGAGGAACAUACAGAGAGAGCUCCAAGCAAUAUAUCAAUCAGAUCAGCAAAAUCAACAAAGUCUAAUGUUUCUGCAACAUCCGAAAGAUUGAAAAAUUCUGAAGUUCCCUUAGAAAAUGGUGUUGACAAUCCUGAGGAAAGAGUUGUUGAAGGGGAGAGUGAAGGGAGAGUAAUGAGUUCAAUGUCAGCACAGUCUGUUCAAUCAAACAUUUCUGCAAGAUCAAACAAGUCAAAAUGUUCUGCUCAUGUUGCAGCGGAAGAAAGCUCUGAGAGUGCUGAUGAUAAAAAUGACAAACAGCAAACUGAAGAAAGAGCACCAAGUGCUUUGUCAGCUAAAUCAGCAAAGUCACAUGCUUCUACAAAUUCUACCAAAUCAAAAUCUUCCAAAGUUCAGUCUGACACAGGUACUGGCACUCCUGAUGAAGGAGAUGAUGAAGAGGAAGCACAAGAGAGGGCACAGAGUGCUACGUCAGCUAAAACUGCAAAGUCAACUAUUUCUGCAAAGUCUGCUAAGUCAACAGGACUUGAUGGUCCAGCUGAGGAAAAUAUAUCUGAUUAUGAGGAACAUGCAGAGAGAGCUCCAAGCAAUAUAUCAGUCAGAUCAGCAAAAUCAACAAAGUCAACUAUUUCAGCAGCAUCUAAGAAAUCAGAAGCUUCAGACAGUCCUACUGAUCACGUUGCUGAUUCUCCUGAAAAAGCAAAUGAAGAGGAUCUUGAUAAAAGCAGAUCAGUAAGUUCAAUGUCAGUCCAUUCAAACAAGUCAAAUGUUACUGAAAGAUCAAGUAUGUCAAAAUGUUCAGCUGAUGUUCCAGUUGAAGAAAGCAUCACCAGACCUAAGUCACAUGCUUCUACAGUAUCUAUGAAAUCAAAAGCUUCUGAAGUUCCUCCUGAUACUAAUACUCCCGAGGGGAGCAAUGAUGAGGAAGACAUCUUAGACAGAGCAGAGAGUGGAAUGACUGCAAAGUCAACUAUUUCUGCAAAAUCAAAUAUGUCUGAAGUCUUGGCUGCCUCAGCUGAAGAACAUUUUUGUGAUUCUGUGGAAAGAGCUCCAAGCAUUAUGUCAACUACAUCCGCUAAAUCUGCAAAGUCAAAUGCUUCAGCAAUAUCUAAGAAAUCAAGAGGUUCUGCAAUUCCUUCCCAAAACUGUGGUGAUGAAAAUGAAAAACAGCAAACUGAAGAAAGAGCAGCAAGCAGCAUGUCAGCCAAAUCAGUCCAGUCACACGUAUCUGAAAUAUCUAUAAAGUCUGCAAAGAGAGCUCCAAGUGCUUUGUCAGCUGCAUCAGCAAAGUCACAUGCUUCUAGAAAAUCUGUUGAAUCAAAAGCUUCUGAAGCUCAGACUAGCAAAGGUACUGGCACUCCUGAUGAAGGAGAUGAGGAAGAGGAAGUUCAAGAGAGAGCACAGAGUGCCACGUCAGCCAAAACUGCAAAGUCAACUAUUUCUGUCAAAUCUACAAAGUCAAAAGGACUUGGUGGUCCAGCUGAAGAAAAUAUAUCUGAUCAUGAGGAACAUGCAAAGAGAGCUCCAAGCAAUAUAUCAAUCAGAUCAGCAAAAUCAACAAAGUCUAAUGUUUCUGCAACAUCCAGAAAAUCGAAAGUUUCUGAAGUUCCACCUGAUACUAAUACUCCUGAGGGGAGCAAUGAUGAGGAAGACACCUUAGACAGAGCAGGGAGUGCAAUGACGGCAAAGUCAACUAUUUCUGCUAAAUCAAAUACGUCAGAAGUCUUAGCUGCCCCAGCUGAAGAAUGUUUUUGUGAUUCUGUGGAAAGAGCUCCAAGCAUUAUGUCAACUACAUCCGCUAAAUCUGCAAAGUCAAAUGCUUCAGCAAUAUCUAAGAAAUCAAAAGGUUCUGCAAUUCCUUCCCAAAACUGUGAUGAUGAAAAUGAAAAAGAGCAAACUGAAGAAAGAGCAGCAAGCAGCAUGUCAGCCAAAUCAGUCCAGUCACACGUAUCUGAAAUAUCUAUAAAGUCUGCAAAGAGAGCUCCAAGUGCUUUGUCAGCUGCAUCAGCAAAGUCACAUGCUUCUAGAAAAUCUGUUGAAUCAAAAGCUUCUGAAGCUCAGACUAGCAAAGGUACUGGCACUCCUGAUGAAGGAGAUGAGGAAGAGGAUGUUCAAGAGAGAGCACAGAGUGCCAAGUCAGCCAAAACUGCAAAGUCAACUAUUUCUGUCAAAUCUACAAAGUCAAAAGGACUUGGUGGUCCAGCUGAAGAAAAUAUAUCUGAUCAUGAGGAACAUGCAGAGAGAGCUCCGAGCAAUAUAUCAAUCAGAUCAGCAAAAUCAACAAAGUCUAAUGUUUCUGCAACAUCCAAAAGAUCGAAAAAUUCUGAAGUUCUCUCAGAAAAUGGUGUUGAAAAUCCAGCUCAUGUUCCAGUUGAAGAAAGCAUCACCAGACCUAAGUCACAUGCUUCUACAGUAUCUAUGAAAUCAAAUGCUUCUAACGUUCCUCCUGAUACUAAUACUCCCGAGGGAAGCAAUGAAAAGGAAGACACCUUAGACAGAGCAGAGAGUGCAAUGACUGCAAAGUCAACUAUUUCUGCAAAAUCAAAUAUGUCAGAAGUCUUGGCUGCCACAACUGAAGAAUGUGCUUGUGAUUCUCUGGAAAGUGCUUCAAGCAAUAUGUCAAUCAAAUCAGCAAAAUCAAACGUUUCUGAAAUAUCUAAGAAAUCAAAAGACUCUGACAUCCCUUCUGAACACAGUAAUGAAAUCGCUGAUGCAGAGAAUGAAGGGAGAGUGCGCUCAAUAUCAGCUCAGUCAGUCAAGUCAAAUAUAUCUGCCGGAUCAAAAAAGUCCAAAUGUUCUGAUGUUCCAGCUGAAGAAAGCUCUGAGAGCCCCACUGAAAAAAAUGGCAAAGAGCAAACUGAAGAAAGAGCAUCAAGCUGCAUUUCACUCCGAUCAGUUGAGUCUCAUGUUUCUGAAAGAUCUAUUAAGUCAAAGGCCUCUGGUGUUACAACUGAUGAUGUGGGUGAUCAUGAGGAAACUACAAAGAGAACCCCUAGCGCUUUUUCAGCUAAAUCAGCAAAGUCUCUUGCUUCAGCAAAAUCUUCAAAAUCAAAUGUUUCUUCUGUCCAAACUACUGCCAUUUGUGAUGAAGGGAAUGAUAAAGAGGAAACUCAAGAGAGAGCACAGAGUGCAAUGUCAGCCAAAUCCACACAGUCAGCCAUUUCGAUAAAAUCAAGUAAGUUAAACGUCUGUGAUGUUCCUUCAGUACAAAACAUGUCAAAUAAUGAGAACACUGUACAAAGACCACAAAGCACCCUGUCAGCUAAAUCAGCCAGAUCUUCCAAAUCAAGACAGUCAAAUAUUUCUGCAAAGUCUAGUAAGUCAAAACAAUCUAAUACUCAUGGGGAAGAGAAUCAUGAGGAGACUAUGGAGAGAUCACCAAGCAGUACCUCCAUCAAAUCAGCAAACUCAAGACAGUCAAAUGCUUCAGCAGUAUCAACGAAAGCAAAAGCUGUUGAAGAUGACACUAACAUUGCAGAUGAAAACACUGAAGAAGACACAGAGGUGAGAGCAACAAGCUCAAUGUCAGCCAAAUCAGUGAAGUCAAAUGUCACAUCAGUAUCUACAAAAUCAAAAGCUUCUCACAAUCCUCAGAAUGUAAACGGCGAAGAAGAUGGUGGAAAUGAAGAAAAUGAGGCUGACUGUGAGGAAACUAAAGAGAGAACAACAAGUGCCAUGUCAAUUAAAUCAUUAAAGUCAGAUCGGUCUUCGAGGUCAAGGAAAUCAAAGGUUUCGGACAAAACAGCUGAAACACAUACUGAAGAGGUAGAUCAAACAGAGAAGACUUUAAGUGUUUUGUCAGUAAAGUCAAAUGCUUCUACAAGAACCAUGAAGUCCAACGUAUCUGAAAUUACCCCUAGUGAAAGGACUGCACAAGAUGAAGAACCUGGAGUAAGAGUGUGUAGUGCGAUGUCAACCAAAUCAGCUAAAUCAAAUAAUUCAACAAAAUCUAACAAAUUAAUAGCUUCUGAAAUUCCUACAAUAGAAAGUUCGGACACUCCUUAUGAAGGAAAUGCUCAAGAGAAAUCUAAGAGAGCUCCAAGUGCCAUGUCAGCAAAGUCAAAUAUGUCAGUAAGAUCAAAGAAAUCAAAAGUAUCGGAUGUUCCCGAUGACGUAAAUACCAGUGAAAAAGAAGAGAGAACACUUAGCACUGUGUCUGCAAAAUCCAAUCAAUCUGAAAUGUUAGGGACAUCUGAAAUCCCUGCUCUGACAGUUGAGGAAAGUGAAGACAGAUCACCUACAGCCAUGUCGUCAAAGUCUAAGGUUUCAUCACAUAAGUCAACAGCAUCUGGGGCUAAAGAAAAGAAAAGUGAAGGUCAGCCAAAAAGUUCUUUAUUUGUCAAGUCAAAUCGGUCUGUGAAAUCUCGGAAAUCCAAAGUAACCGAUAUUUUAACAGAUGAAUGUAUGGAAAAUAAAGAGGAAUCUGUUCACGUUCCUGCUGAGGAGAAGACCAGUGUUUCUCCAAUAACUGCAGGUGAAGUUGUGAAUUGUGUCUCAGAAACCUGCCAGAGUGCACAACAACCAAAAGAAAAUAAAUGCCAUGUGAUUUGUCAUGCAGAGUCGAAUGAAAGCGAUUUAUCACAAACUCUGUCCAGUUCAGAUAUUGUUAAAGAGAUUGAGAUUUCAUCCGUGGGAGAAUCAAAAUCCAGUGUGUCUAAGAGGACAACAAAUAGUCCACUGAAAGCUACAAACAUUGGUAGGAGUGUCAAGGAUAACAAAAGUGACAAAAGCAGCAAAUGCAGAUACAAGAACACAAAUGCUGAUGACUUUAAGCUGGUUCCAUCCAGCCUUCCAAAUGCAUCCCCUACUGAGGUUGUGAAUGAAUGGCUGAAUUCAAUACCAGCAGAUGGUGAUAUGUAUGGCAUGGAGGAAUUUAAUGAAAACUGUGAUGGACAAAAACAAGUCCACACAACAGAAGAAAUGACCAGAAUCGAGGAUACUGGAAAUGAUGCCUCUGCAGCUGAGAAUACAAAAGACACAAAUGAAGGAAUUAUGGUAAAUAGUGUCCCUAAUGAUGACAGCCAAACAAGCACAGAGGCACCAAAUGCUGAUAAUAGUCCUGCCUGUACUCAGAGAGAUGAUGCCGCAAAAAUAUUGAAUUCCUCCGUACAGGUGAUGAAAGUACUUUUAAAUCCAAAGUUCGACAGAUCUAACAGUUUACCAGAAAUUUCCCCAGUGUAUGGACGUAAACUAAGCACUUCAGCUAGAGGACUUUUGGAUUGCCUUGUGAAGUUGCAGUUAAUAGACAAGAAUCCUAAAAAUGCAAAUGAAAAGGAUGCAAGAUACCAAGAGCUAAUGAACAUUCUUCAGUCUCUUUGGCUUUGUGAUCCUCCAGAAAAUGAACAUGUGUUUAAGAAGGGUGAUCACCAUUCUGUGGACGAUGAAUUCAUUCAUACUUCAUCCUCUGGUGUGGAUGUCAACAGUGGCUCCACAGGCUCCGGGAACAGUAGUGAUGGUGUGAAUGGUAACGUGUCUCAAGCACAUACAAGUGCAGAUACAUUAAGGAAAAUACCAGAAGUCUGUGAAGGUGAAGCAGAUGCUGAAGCAGAAGCUAAAUGGACAUCUGAGAGAGAAGUAGAAGCAAUGUAUGAGGAAAAACAAAAGGAAGAUGAUCCAGAUCCAGAUGACACAAUUACAGGCAAUGAUACUCCAAGAGAACUACCUACAACACCACCCUCCUCAAACAAGAGUUCAAACAAGAGUUCAGAAAAUGACAACAAAAUAAUUUCUCAAGAUCCUGAUCCUGUUUGGGUCUUAAACUUAUUAACUAAAAUAGAAAAGCAGUUCAUGACGCAUUAUAUCAAUGCAAUGAAAGAGUUCAAAGUCAGAUGGAACUUGGAUAAUAAUGAGCAGCUUGAUACGAUGAUAGGUGAACUUAAAACUGAGGUCCACAAAAGAAUCCAAACAAGUAUAAACAGGGAACUGAGGCACAUUCAAUGUAAGGCGGGCCCACCACGACCUCCUAAAGAAGCGAUGUCCCGUGCUUCAACCACGCAAACAGAAGAGAGACAACAGAGGCUGAAGAUUAUGCUCAAACAAUCAAUUGAUCACCAAGCAGAAAAAAGUGAUUAUUCAGCAACAGAAACAUCCUACAGUGACCAGCGCAGUGAAAACGACGACGAAUUCUGUCCAUGUGAAACAUGCAUUCAGAAAAAAAUGACAUCUAGGCCGCCACUUCCUGCAGAAGUUAUGAAUACUGCACCUGUUGUCAUGGACUUUGACCUGAAGAGGAUUCUGUUGAUGAAGAACAGUGGUCCUUGCAAUACACAGACAGUCACCUGUACAUCUCACUCUGAAAAUAAGACUGAAACAAAAGUGGCAGAAACACUUGUAGAGAGUGUUAUUUUCAAAGCUGUAAGAGAAAUGGAAGGGCAUGACGUACACCACAAUACUGAAGAUGACUUUGCAGUUGUAGAAGAUGAUGUGUGUCAAGAUGCAGGUCAAGAUGACAAGUCUGAAAACAAUGAAGCAGAAGACGUACAUACCAUAUUGGCUGAACAGACUGUUGCUGAAGAAACAGUUAAUGUCUUUUCUGUAGAUAACAAUGAGGAAAAAAGCAAAACAGAAGAUGAAAUGACAGAUAAUGAGAGUGGAGACAUAGGCAUGGUUGAGGAUGAAUCCAUUGUAGAGGAUGCAUGCACAGCUGAACUGAUGAAUGCAGAGGAAGACGAUGUCACAGCCACGGCUGAGGAAUUGUCAAAGGAACCAGCUGAAGAAGCAGAAACUGAAGAUGAGAUGGAUGUAGAAAGAGAGGUUGCUGUGGAUGAGUUGAAGGAAGAGACUGCUGAAGCCACCACCGCUCAAGAUGAAAAUGCAGGAGAAGAGGAUGAUGUGGCAGCCACAACUGAAGAUGAAUCUGACAAAGAUGACGCUGUGGAAGAAGGGACAGUGGAUGAGGAGGAGAUUGCUGCCACAAGUGCAGAUGAGUCUGCAUAUGAGAACGAUGCCACAGCUGAUGAAUCAUCAAAAGAACCACUUGAAAUACCAACAACUGAAAAUGAGAUGGCUGUAGAGGAAGAGACUGCUGUCACAGGCAAAGAUGAAUCAAAGGAUGAAAUUGCUGAAGAUGAAAUUGAAACAGAGGAGGCUGCUGUGGCAGCAACAACUGAAAAUGAAUCUGACAAAGAAGAAGCUGUGGGUGCAGGGACGGUUGACGAUGGAGCAAAGACUACUGCCACCAGUGAUGAUUCAGCUGAAGAUGCUAACACAAAUGAUGAUGAGACUGCAGAGGAGAAUGAUGUCACAGGUGAUGGAUUGUCAGAGAAACCAGCUGAAACAGCAACAGCUGAAGAGACUGCUACAAGAAAUGAAAGAGAUGUCUCAAGUGAAGAUGAAUUAAAGGAACAGACUGGUGAAGAUGAAAUUGAAGCAGAAGAGACUGCUGAAAAUGAAUCUGACAAUGAGGAAGCUGUGGAGGAAGAGUCAAAGGAAGAGUUUGCAGAAACCACUAAAGCUGAAGAAAAUACUGCAGAAGAGUCUGAUGUGGCAGCCACGACUGAAGAUGAUUGUGACGAGGAUGAGGCUGCCAUGAACGAUGAAGAGGAAACUGCAGAUAAUGAUCAAGCAACAAUGGCUGAAGAUGAAAUCGCAGUGGAAAAAGAUGAUGCCACAAGUGAAGGUGAAGCUGAAGAUAACAAUGCAGCAGAACAGGCAGAUGUUGAAGCUACAAAUGAUCAUGAAUCUGACAAAGAUGCAGCUGUGGAAGCCACCAGUGCAGAUGAGUCUGAGUCACAGGUAAAGGACACAGCUGACAAAGCAACAAGUGAAGAUGACAUUGCUGAAGAAAAAGAAAAUGCCGUCACAAGUGAAGAUGAAAUGAAAGAAGAAGAAGAAGAAGAAGAAGAAGAAGAAGAAGAAGAAGAAGAAGAAGAAGAAGAAGAAGCUGGUGAUGCCACGACAGCUAAUGAGGAAAAUACAGAAGAUGUGGCAGACACAACUGAUCAUGAAUCUGACAAAAAUGCAGCGGUGGAAGCCACCAGUGCGGAUGAGUCUGAGUCAGAUGUAAAGGACACAGCUGACAAAGCAACAAGUGAAGAUGAGAUUGCUGAAGAAAAAGAAAUUGCCAGCACAGGUGAAGAUGAAAUAAAAAGAAGAAGAAGAAGAAGAAGAAGAAGAAGAAGAAGAAGAAGAAGAAGAAGAAGAAGCUGGUGA